AUGUCGUUAAGAAAAUUUAUGCAUCCUAGGAAUAAAUAUAAAAAGGUACCGGAUUUUAAAAAACUUGCUGUAUUGUAUCCGGCAUUCCGUAAUGUUGCAAAUGUAGAUCUGACUGGGAAGGUAAAGAUUGACUUUAAAAAUGAAAAGUGUCUAAGGGUGCUGACAGAAGUUUUGCUAAAGCAUGACUUUAAUCUAGAUGUUAGAAUACCUCCAAAUAAACUAGUACCAACUUUGCCAUUACGUUUGAAUUAUGUUUUAUGGAUUGAAGAUUUAAUGAAACACUCCUCUGUGAGUGAGAUGAAAGAACUCACUGGGAUAGAUAUUGGCACUGGUGCAGUUUGUAUAUAUCCUUUGUUGUGUACAAAAAUUUAUGGAAAUCGAAUGAUUGCCACAGAAGUUGAUGAAACGAGUAUACAAACAGCCAUUAAAAAUGUUGAAAAUAAUAAUUUGCAACACUUAAUAAAAGUGGUCAAAGUAAAUGGGCACACAAUCUUUCAGGACAUUGUAAAAGAACACGGAUCCUAUCAUUUUACAAUGUGCAAUCCACCGUUUUUUGAAACAGAAGGUUCAGAUAGAAUAACGAAACAACAACCACCUAGAAAUGCUCCUACUGGAAACAAGGCUGAGCUUACAGUUAAAGGUGGUGAAAGAGCAUUUGUAACACAAAUUAUUGAUGAGAGUAUAGAGAUGAAAGAAAACAUAAAAAUAUACACUACAAUGUUUGGUCGAAGAAGUAACUUAUUAUUUCUUUUAAAAUUAUUGAAGAAACGAAACAUAGAGAAUGCUACAUGGACAGAAUUUUGUCAGGGCCAUACGAAGCGGUGGGGAUUGGCUUGGACUUUUUUACCGAAAGAUGUAAUUAAUUUAACAAAUGCACCCGUCAUUAGGAAAAGUGGAGAUUACGUUGCAAAAUUAUUAAAAGAGAAACGUCCGACGGAGAUACAAUUUCCUAUGCCAGAUAAAUUUUCUUCUUUUGACAACUUCAUAAAUUUCUUAGAAGAGUCAAUAGAAGAAUUACAUAUACAUAUCAAGGAGUUGAACUUACCUAUUGAUGAUUUUAAUGGCUGGUCAUGUCAGUUAGUUGUCAAGAACGAUACGUGGUCGCAUGCACGUAGAAAACGUCGGUUAGCUCAAAGACAAAUAAACCAAUUUAAAGCUGAUAAUGUGGGAAAAGAUGCAAAUGAUGGUACAAAGUGUCCUGGAAAAGAAUUAACUCAAGACAGUUCAGAUCCUUUCCUAGUGUGUAAUUUCUUUGCUGAACUAAUAGAAUGCGAAGAAGAACCUGAAAGUGAUAGCAUAAGGAUAUCUAUGGUCUUUGAGAAAGAAAGUGGUGUCAGGAAUGCUUUAGAAACAUUCAAACAAUACUUAAUAAACAAAUUGAAUAUCAGAAAUUGCUCUCAAAAGCAACACGCAGGGCCGCAGAAAAAGAAAAGAAAACGAUUAAAGAAAAGCGGGAGUGACACGCGAGACAGCAACAUAAAUCAAUGCGGAUGUUCGUUGUCCGAACAGAACAUAGAAUAUUCUUAA